GCUCCGCGGUCAGUUAUGGCCAAAGAGUUGGCAAUACCAAGAUCACGCCCGCUCCGCGGGCCCUGCAAAGCUUAUGCACUGGCAUUAGAGGAAGGGGAUGAAAAAUUGUGUUGUUCUUCAAAAAAGAUUUCUGAGGUUGGUACAAAACAAAAAUCAAGAAAACUUAAACAGCUAAAAGAGAGAGCUCAAUGUGCUCUCUGGUUCUCAAAGACAUUUGGUCUGGACAUUGCAUCUAUUGCUUUUAAAGAUCAGAGUGAUGAUGGCAAAAUAUAUACUUUGAACUAUGAUGAACAGGAAAAAAAUAGUGAUGAAACUCAAAGACUUACAGAGGAAGAGAACCAUAGGCUUGAACAAGUAUUGUUUCUACUAGACAAAUUUUGUGUAAGUGAUGAAUGCUAUCAUGAACUCAGUUUCCUAACAAAUGAUAUCCCUCGAUCUUACCUCAUUAAACAAAAGAGGGACAAGCUCAAUUCUCUCUGCCACAUUGAGAGGGUGCCUGGCCCUGACCCUGGUGCUCAACGUUCCUUUUCCUUACUGCUAAAGGAGGUCAUAUCAAAGUAUUUGGAUUCACACCCAUCUUUUGAUUUCACUAAAAAUCCACUAAAAGUUAAAAUAAGUGGUGAUGGGGCAAAGAUGUCAAGAACAACCAAUUUUAUGAUUCUCUCUUUCUCAUUGCUGCAGUCUGGUGAAUACAAUGCAUCAAAAGGAAACCAUACGAUUGGAAUUGUGAAUGGACCCGAACAAUAUGAAACACUGAAAGUUUCAUACAACAGUCUAAUUAAGGAUAUUAAUGAGCAUGUGAAAGCUAAAAAAGUCACUUUGGGAGACAAAGAAAUUCCUUUAGAGUUUUUUCUUGGGGGUGAUUUGAAAUUUUUGCUGCUUUCAAUGGGUCUCAGUGGUGCCACUUCUGAUUAUGCUUGUUUGUGGUGUAUAGUUCACAAGUCUCAGAGGUGGAAUAUGAAACAUGAAUCAACAUACUACAACUCAGACACAAUGAAAAGAACAAUCAAAUCACUUAAGGAGUGGUGUACAAAAAAGAAAGAGAAUUAUUGUUGUAUCAACCCACCUUUAUUUGAGAUUGAACUAGAUCAUGUCAUUCUGGAUGAACUGCAUAUGAUGUUAAGGAUAACAGACAGGCUGACAGAAAAUUUGAUUAUUGAAGUAAUGGAAAAAGACAGCAAAGAAGAUAUGCACAAACCAAGAGGAGAAUGUAAAGGCAUAGGCCUUGAUAAGCUAAUUAAAGCAAUUAAUGACAUUGGCAUAAAAUUUAAUGUGUGGGAAAAACUGAAUGCAGAUGGAAAAUCAAGUAAGCAGAAAGACUGGACAAGUUUAGUUGGCUCUGACAAAAAAAAGCUGAUGAAAUUUCUUCCUGAAAAGCUGAAAUCCAUGAAUAUACUCUUUGAUGAAACCAAGUCUGAGGUCAUAAAGCUUUGGGAAGACUUCCAUUCAUUAUACCUGCUGAUAUGCUGUGCAAAUGCUGAUGAAACUACACCAGAUUCUAUUCACCAAAAGGCCAAAGCAUGGAUAGAAUUAUUUUCCAAGCUUGGUGCGAAACGUGUUGGUUAUGGUAAUGCCAGGGUGACCCCAUACAUGCAUGCAGUUCCAUACCACAUACCCAAGUUUAUCUUAAGUCAUGGGCCAAUCAUACAGUUUUCAGGGCAAGGUGUGGAAAAAAACAACGAUGAUGCUAAGCGCAUAUACUACCAAAAGUCCAAUAAAUGGGAUGCAGCUAAGGACAUUCUGCUUUUGGAGUCUAGGCAAAAAUCUCUAGAGCACCACGAAAGAGAGAAGAGAAAAUAUGUGAAGCGAAAUGAGGAAUGGUGGAAUAGCAAAAUUUUAGACUCAAGGAAAAGAAGAAGGAACACAGAAUCAAAUUAUACUGCAACUACGAGUAACACUCUGGAUGAAUAAACAAACAAAUUGUGCUGAUCACAAGCUUUCCUAUUUAAAGUUAUAACUAUUUUUUCUACAGGAGAUGUUGGGCUCUUUUCUAAUUUCCCACAUGACACUAUGUAGUAAGCUUUUGUGUAUGAAAGGACAGUUUUGAUUUUGAUGGGGAAAUCCACUGUAAUUCCUUGUCCAUGUUCAUCCAGGCAGUAAUACCAAUACACUGGAAGGCCAAAUCUUUUGAAAUCAGAUUUCUCAUAAAACAUAGACUUCUUGU